CCUAGCGCGCCACGCUCGCGCCAUGCGUCCUAAAACUUAAUCUAAUUACAUAAUCCAACCACUUCACUUCAUCUAAUUACAAUCGUGAGUAACGUACAAGUGACUGUGAGCGUUUUUGUGCAGAAAUCCAUGGAUAUAAAAUAGGCAGACGAGAAAUGAAACGUAAAAGGUGUCCGUCGAUCGUCUCCUAGUGAGGUGGUGUAUGGUGCAGUCAUGUCGGGACAGGUCAGAACGAUGCGCUACAUACUCUUCUGUCUUCUCUCCCUCUCGCUCAAUAGGAACCUCGCGUUCGUCCUCGACAAACAGAACCCCUACUCCCAAUUCCGCAAAUGGAACGCCGGUUUGAACGGCACCUUGGAACUCGAGUUCAAAACCGAUCAGCCGAACGGACUGCUAUUGUACACGGACGACGGCGGCACUUACGACUUCUUCGAACUAAAGCUGGUGAAUGGAGCCCUAAGACUGAGGUACAACUUGGGCGGCGGAGCUCAGAUUAUAACGGUGGGCAACAAUUUAAACGACGGCCACUGGCACAAAGUUCAGGUGGGUCGUCGCGAUGAACACACGUCUCUGUCGGUGGACGGCAGCACUCAGAGCAAGGCCUCCCGCGGCAAGGAGUUUGAUUUCGGCAAGUUUAAUACAAACUCGGAUGUCUUCAUCGGAGGGAUACCGUCCUCGUACAAUUCCAAACUGACGACCUUGGCUCUGCCGUCAGUGAUUUUUGAGCCCAAGUUUCGUGGCUCAGUUCGCAACCUGGUGUACUCCGACUUACCGGGACAACCUCCUCGCAGACAAGAGCUACGACACUCUAGAGACUUGAAGUCAUCUCGCAUCAGUAACGCUAGCGGAGACGCGUGCGAGCGUCGCGACCCUUGUCAACAUGGUGGAGUCUGCAUCAGCACUGAUGAUGGACCCAUCUGUGAGUGUCGCGACGGAGAUUACGAGGGAGCAUUCUGUGAACGAGACAAAGCUCCUUCGGAGGCUACGUUCCGAGGAGCUGAGUUCCUCUCGUACGACCUCACUCAAACCGGCGGCGAACCCAUAGUUAGCACUCAGGAUACAAUCUCACUCUACUUUAAGACGAGACAACCAAAUGGACUUCUGUUUUACACUGGUCAUGAAGCUGAUUACCUGAACCUCGCAGUACGGGACGGUGGCGUCUCCCUCACCAUGGGUUUGGGGAACGGAAAGCAGGAGAUGCACAUAAAGCCGAGCAAAACACGCUUCGACGAUCACCAGUGGCACAAACUGACAGUCAGGAGAAAGAUACAGGAGAUUACACCGUUCACCAGCUUCUGUCGGGUGUCAGCUGUAGUAGAUGACGUGUACUCAGAGCAUUCCCACGUGGCUGGAUCCUUCACAAUGCUGGCCAGCUCGAGGGCCCACGUUGGAGGCUCCUUAAAUGCACGAGCACUUCCAGGAGCCAGGGUUCAUACCAACUUCAUAGGGUGUCUAAAAAAGGUUGAGUUCUCAGCGGACACGCUUCGUCUGAACCUCAUAGAUCUAGCUCGCACCGGUAGUAAGUUAAUCACUGUGACUGGACGCCUGGAGUACGUUUGCACAGCCACUGAUGCAGCCGAUCCUGUCACCUUCGCUACCAGGGAUGCGCAUCUGAUAUUACCGAAAUGGGAAGCUGUGAAGACCGGGACGAUAUCGUUCAAGUUCCGUACGAACGAACCGAACGGCUUGAUUCUGUUCAACAUGGGCGCGAAGCCACCAAGGGUAGGUUGCACGGCGGACCUGUUCGCGGUUGAGAUUCUUAAUGGGUACGCAUAUGUGCAUGUGGAUCUUGGAUCAGGUGGGGUCCGAGUGAGGGCAUCUAGGAGGAGGAUUGAUGAUUCACAUUGGCAUGAGUUCCUAUUGAGGAGGACAGGCAGGGAUGGGAAGGUUACCGUUGAUGGGGCCAAUGCGGAGUUCAAAACCCCUGGUGAAUCCAAUCAGUUAGAGCUCGACGGGCCGUUAUUCGUGGGCGGACUGGGCUCGGAGUACUCCGCUUCCAGGACUCCAGCCGCUGUAUGGACUGCGGCCUUGAGACAGGGUUUCAUCGGAUGUAUCAGGGAUUUAGUACUGAACGGAAAACCACAGGAUCUGACAGCAUUUGCCAGACAACAGGAUUCUGCGUCUGUCCGUCCUGCGUGUCAUGUGCUGAUGAAGCAGUGUGCGAGCGCUCCCUGCCAACACGGAGCCCCCUGCUCUGAAGGAUGGAACAGACCUCUGUGUGACUGUUCGGGGACCAACUAUGGUGGACCUACUUGCGGGCGAGAGUCUCCCACGAUAUAUUUGAAUGGCAGCCAGCAUUUAACGGCGUCCCUGGGGGCGGAGCAUGUGACGCAGACGGAGGAGUUACUGCUGAGGUUCCGGACCACCAGAGCGGGCCUUCUGCUGAGGACUGCCUCCGAGCACUCCGCUGACAGGAUUGAACUGGCCGUGGCCGCUGGCAGGGUGCGAGCCAGUGUCAGACUGGGAGACAGAGAAAAGAACCUCCUUGGCGGCAGCAGUGUUUGGGAUGACCGUUGGCACACGGUCCGCUUCAGUCGGCGCGCCUCCAACCUGAAGCUGCAGGUGGACGGCGCGCCGCCCGUGCGCGGUACGUUAUCCGAAACAAUUUUAGGAAAAGCGUCGACCCUUGAGAUCUCUACGUUACAUUUGGGAGGACUGUUCCAUCCUGAAGAGGAAAUCCAAAUGACGUCGACGUUACCGAACUUCGUUGGAUAUUUGCAGAAGUUUGUUUUCAACGGAAUAAAGUAUAUAGACCUAGCCAAAAGCCUCGGGAUAGGGAGUGGUGACGAACACAACGACAUAGAUGACACUUCGAAUAUUAUAUUUACUGGGAAGUUCGUCAAACCAGACUCUUUGAAUGUCUAUAAAGCCGUGACAUUCAAAUCGAAGCACACAUAUGCGGGGCUACCAUUGCUCAAAGCGUACGGAAACACAUAUUUGGAUUUCUAUUUCCGUACGACAGAAAUGGACGGUCUGUUGUUCUACAACGGGGGGAAGAAACAAGACUUCAUAGCCAUAGAACUGGUGAACGGUCAUGUUCACUGCGUGUUCAACCUCGGUGAUGGUGUGGUGACCAUGAAGGAUAAGCUGAAGACGUUUGUUAAUGACAAUCGUUGGCAUACAGUCUCUAUACGGCGACCGACUCCUAAAAUACACACCAUGCAAGUCGAUGAUGACGUAGAAAUGCAUACCACGAGUUCAAACUUAAUGCUUGAGUUGGACAGCGUGUUGUAUGUUGGGGGGGUGCCUAAGGAGAUGUACACUUCACUUCCGGUGGGAGUGCUGUCACGGCAAGGGUUCGAGGGUUGUAUGGCGAGCCUGGACCUGCCCGGGGAAUCUCCGUCCUUGAUCGAAGACGCGGUAGUGCCUAGUUCAUCACUGGUGUCGGGGUGUGAAGGGCCCACGAAGUGCACUCAUAAUGCGUGCUCAAAUAAAGGAGUCUGCGUUCAACAAUGGAACACGUAUGUGUGCGACUGCGACCUUACGUCUUUUACUGGACCAACUUGUUAUGACGAGUCGAUAGCGUUUGAGUUUGGCCCCGGGCGCGGCGUGUUGACCUACACGUUCCCGCCCGGUGCCCGCGCGGACACGGACAGUGACCGGGUCGCGGUCGGCUUCCUCACCACUAAGAGUGACGCUGUACUGGUCAGGAUCGACUCUGCGGACACACAGGACUACAUGCAGAUGGAAAUUAUCCGAGGUAAUUUGUUCACUGUCUACAACGUCGGUGACGGAGAGCAUCCUCUGGGUGACGAGUCAGCGCGUGUAGAUGACGGCGUCUACCACGUGGCCAGAUUCACCAGGAAUGGGAGCAGGGCGGCGCUUCAACUAGACGAUUAUGCUGUCAAUAUCCGACACCCUCAAGGAGGGCAGCAGUCCACCAUUUUCAAUAGCAUGUCCCGUGUGACGGUGGGUGGUGGUAGUGGUGGUGCAAGGUCGUUCGCGGGAGUUGUUGCUGGUCUGGUGGUCAACGGGGCGAGGGUGUUAGACCGGGCCGCUGCCGCUGACCCGGCCGCAGCACUCAGGGGGGACGUGAGACGAGCCGCUGGACCUCUGGACCGUGACCUUAAUAGAAUGCAGCAGACUCCUCCGUCGGGAUACGGUGGUCCGGGCGCUCCAGAUGAGUUGGUGUAUUCCGGCGCUGGUUCCGGAUGCCGUGAUGAUGACGAGGACGCCUGUGUAUUACCUGAUGCAGGCUCUGGCGAUGAUCUUAUCACGCCAGUCUAUGUUCCCUCCACCAGAAGACCGCCCGCCAAGAUGCAUAAGGGUGACGUGAGUGGCAAACUGAUGAAACCCUGCGAUGAUGAGGAUUGCAUCGAAGGCUCGGGCUCUGGCGGGGAUGACGUCACCGAGCCCGAACAUCCCUCUACCACGAAAAUUAUUGAGUAUCCCAAACAAAAAACCAGCGGCAGCAGCACCCACGCGAUGACGUCACCUACGGCCGCUGUGUCCACGGAUCACGACAGGUCCGUGGGAUCCACGGGUUCAGAGGGAUCCACGGAGAUGACGAGACGAACAGAUCCCGAGACCGAACAUCCCACGACCAUCCACGAUCACGACAACAUGCACGCUGGGACACUCGACACGGCCACCACAGACAAGGGCACCACGCCCACCGAUAACAGAAUAGAUGAUCGCACACACACCUUCACACAUACAACGGACCACGAGCCGACGUAUGAACACACGGACUACGAGACGCACACAGACUCGCGACCAACACACGACGGUAACGAGAGGAACAGGAUUUCGGACUACAACAACGAGCCAGAGAUCACCACCAAAUGGUACCACCCGAAGACCACCGAUAACAGAGUCGUGCCGCCUGAGUCAGAGUUCUUCGCUACCAUCGUUGGCAUAGUGGCGUCCGUGUUGAUAGCGAUCAUUCUGAUAGUGAUAAUAAUAUUGAAGCUACUAUUCCGUCUCGAUCCUUCCUACAAAGUCACAGAAGAUAAAAGUUACCAGCAGAGCGCCAGCGCUGCACUGUUAGGAAAUCAGGCACACUCCGGCUACCAGGCGGCGAGUGGUAUGAACGGUGGGGGUGGCAGCAAUGGUAGCGGAGGUAACGGUGGGGGGGCGCGCUCCUUACAGCCGUUACCUCUCAACCGAGCGCCGCAACCUGUGAAGAGAGACGGCAUCAAAGAGUGGUAUGUGUAGGAGGUUUGAGUUGGGGGAGUGGGGGGAGGGGGGCUACUUAUUAGUGUGAUGUACUGUAAUAUAAACGUUUAGUUGAGUGUUUAAUAAAGGUUUGAAGAUCCAAACUAUUCGUAAUUGUUUUGUAAUGUAAGUGGUGAGAUGAAUCUUUGUUAUGUACGUUUUAGGUUUCGAUGUUUAAUUAACAAGACAUGUGUAUCAUUAUUGCCUCCACCGUUCUAACUGUGACCUCCGGAUAAGUAUAGGGAUAUAUUAAAAUUGGUAUAAUCGAUGACCUUGUAAUACGAUGGACACUUGUAAACAUAAUUCCAAAUAAAUAAACGAAAUCUAAAAUAAAAUAUUGUUACAUUUAAAAAAAUAAUAAUCUCUAUACUUAUCGCUCCCUUACACCUCCACUCCUAUAUUGACCGUUCUGUGAACUGAUGUGAAUGUCGAAUUUCAUCAAUAUCCAUAAAUAAAUCAUAAUAUUAUUACAAUAACUAGCUAUCAGUAUUAUAAAAUAAUGAAGCUGAAUGAAUUAUUUUUAUUAUUAUUAUAUUUUAAUAAAUUUGCUUAUAAAUCAAAUACUUUCAUUACAGUUUAGGUAAAAUUCGGCCGCUCUAAAAAUUGCAUUUUUUACAGCUCGAGAUAGUUCAAAUUUACAUUGCCCAUUAGGUCACAACCUGCCAGAACCGCAAACUUAGAGCGGCCGGACUGCAGUCUUUAUCAAAGAUUGUAUAAUUACUACAUCUAGUUUUGUCUAUCACUUGUUACCUUUGUUUCCAAACCUUCAAAGAUUUCGGCCUCCCUCUGGCUUGAUUGACUUUUUAUAAAAUUAUGCAUUCACUCACUCCUUAAUAGUUUUCCAAAUGGAAGGCAGAAUUCAUCCUUACUUUUAAGAAUCACUACAAAAAAAGUAGGUCCAUUAGUGACUAUAUUUGAAUCUGACCAGAGUCAAAUCAGUCAAGGUUCAAAUCAGAAAUUGAAGAUUUAAAAAACCAUUCGGGAACCAGACCUUAACAUUAUCACAUUUGGUACAGCCUUAUAAACUGUUCUAACAUCGUGAAUCAGUUCAGUAAGUGUCUUUGAUACGGUCCUCUUUUUUGUCUCAAUACUAUAUAUCUUAGAACAAUCAGAUAGGCUUAUGUAAACAAGCCUCCCGUAAGAAGAUUCUUGAAUCUUGGAAAAAAAUGAAUAGAGUUUAAUAAAACUAUUCAAUUUUUUUGCAAUCAAAAUUCACAAAUAAUAAGAAAAUAAAACUGUUCGAGAAUUCAAUAUUUUUUUUUAUUAUUGUAAUAAUAUUGUGUUAUAUACAUGAACAUAUCAACAUUUGUGGAUAGAGCCGAUAUUCCUUAAGCACAGUUUUCACGGUUCUUUUGCGUGAACACGAGGCUGACAAUGUCACACGAGUCGUUAAUGUUAUGAUGAAGAAACAUGAAAAUGGUGGUGAUUGAGACAUUGUAAAUCGAUCUAUAUGUAUACCGACUGAUACAAACGUGUUAGUGUAAAUAUUAUUGUAACGUAGUGACGUCACUUCUGCCGCGUGGACUAUACUAACUACAGAACAUAUAUAUUAUUUUAAUUACUUCUUUGUUUUAAUUUUUUUUUUCAUCUAUAGUGUUUUCUGCAGCGUGUAUGUAAUUUUAGAUGUUUGUCAUUCGUAAGGCCUUCGUAUCAUUUCGUACUUAGUGGCUGCCGAAUUCUUGCCUGUCAUAUUUACCUUAUGCUAAGAUAAUAUAAUGGUUGUAGAGACAACACCGUCGGAUAUUUUAAAUUCAUUCGAUUCGUCUUUAUCUUCUUCUACGCAUUUCAAUAAUCUUAAGUCAUCCGACUUUUAUAAUUCAUGAAAAUUAAUAACAGUUCAUCGAAAUGAAAUAUCCGAUGGGAAUCCUUAAUCACCAUUUAAUGUUAGGACUACAAGCUAAAAUUUGGGCUGCCAUCACUUAAAAUGCAUAUCGUUCUAUUGAAGACUACCGUACUUUUACAAUCGAUUCUCUUUCCUAUAUUUAUUAGGUCUUAUACAAUAUUUUUAAUGGAUAGGCGAUGCGUGUAGAGAAUUAUAACUUAUCGAGAAGGAUGAAGAUUGAAAAUAGCUUGAUAGAGACAGAUGUAAUCUAGGAGUCGUUAAAACGUACGAGCUUGUAGGAGACCGGCGGUUAACUAGUUCUGUUGAUAUUAAGUUAUUGAACCAACAUUUUUUUUACUGAAUAGAGGCCUAAAACGAAAUAGUUUAUAAUCAUUUGUUGAAUCAAAUGUAAAUAAUGAUAGUGAAUGAUGUUUGAUAUCCUCUUACCCAAGGCUAGAUUCUCAAUCGUCCUGAAACCUUACACUAAGUAAACGCUUGACUCAUCACAAUAAUCACUAACAAGACUUGAGGCAUGGCGGUCGUGUUGUUCGUAUGUGUGACGUCAUCACCUCCACUAGUCCCCAAUAUAUGAAUAAACAAAGUGUACCGGCUCCGGGCCUGUGCACACUCCACCGUCCCGUUACUAUUAUUUUCUCUAUCCCGAUAACAUUUUCAAUUAGCUUUAAAAUCAUAUUUAUAUAGAUUGUUAUGGAGCACAGGUUUUAGGUAUUUGAGGUUGCAUUUAUUGUAUAUAGUAAGUUAUUAAGCGGCGUAGGGUGUAACAACACUCGUUUUACGGCACAAAAUGUUAGAUGAAAACAAUUUGUUUGUCAAUUUUAGUGGUAAUUUAAUAGUUAAUGUACUUCGAUUGUUUGUAUCUAUGUGUUUUUUAUUAAUUUAUUGUGAGUUGUCAGCAAGUGGUCUCAUAUUUUUACUUAACCGCAUACAACCCUUAUAACUUUGAUAUUUUUAAAAUAGUUUUUUUAUUACAAUAAAAUUAUUUGAAGUUGUUGUACAGCCGACUGAGUUCGGAUCGAGAUUUAUUUGUGUAAAGCGAUCAGAUUUUGAAAUAAUAAUAAAUUAUGUAAUUUA